AUGGGAAAGACAACCUCUAAAAUAAUUGGUCCACCAUCGUUUGAUUAUACGAAAUCGGAGAAAAUCUCAAUAGGUGGUCGUAGAAAAAAUGUUCCAAUAUAUACAACCACUAUACCUGAUCGAACAGAAAAAGUAACUCCUUUAUCAGAUGAAAAAUUUCCACGUCUUGUUGAAAAUACAAUAUUAGUAUGGCUUGAUUCUUCAUUAGACAAACCAACAGAAUCAACUAAAAGCUUAGUAAAUCAAUUUUUUCGUGUUACGGAUGUAGUUCAAACAUUUCAUAAUGUAGAUCAAUGUUUUGAUUUUAUGAACUCAAUUCAAUAUGAGAAAAUUUUUCUUAUUGUAUCUGGUUCACUGGGUCGACAAAUAUUACCACGUAUAGGAGAUCUUGAUCAAGUUCAUUCAAGUUAUCUUUUUUGUGGAAAUAAAGCUAGUCACGAAGAAUGGGCAAAACAAUAUAACAAAAUUAAAGGUAUUCAUACUAAAAUAAAAGAACUUUGUGAUGCAGUUAAGAAAGAUAUUCGUUUUUAUGAUAGAAGUUUAACACCAAUUAGUAUUCUUCCCGUAUCAUCAACAAUUGAAAUAAAUGAUUCAAAUAAAGAAUUUAUUUAUUUACAAAUGGUGAAAAGUCUUCUUAUAAAUGUAGAAUAUGAUAAAAUAUUUCGACAAGAAUUUAUUGAUUAUUCUAGAAAAUUUUAUUUAAAUAAUGAAUCACAAUUAAAUCUUAUUAAUACAUUUGAUGAAAGUUAUUCACUUCAUUCACCUAUAUGGUGGUAUACAAGAAAAUGUUUUAUUUAUUCAAUGUUAAGAAAAGCAUUUUAUCGUCAAGAUUUUGAACUUAUUUAUAGAUUAGGAUUUUUUAUUCGAGAUCUUCAUAGAGAUAUUAGAAAAUCUCAUGCACAGGCACAUAGUCAUCAACAUCGUGCAAUAAUUAUUUAUCGAGCAACAUCUAUGACAAAUAAUGAAUUUGAACGCGUAGAAAAAAGUAAAGGAUGUCUAUUAUCAUUUAAUGAUUUUCUAACAACUACUCUUGAACGAAAUAUGGCAUUAAAGUUUGUUAAUUCAGUGCAUCGUGAUUCGAAUUCACGUGGUAUAAUAUAUAAAAUAACGAUCGAUCCAGUAUCAACAUCAAUUCCAUUUAUUGCUUUAAAUAAUUUAAGUUAUUUAUCCAGUAAUGAUGGUGAUAUUUUAUUAUCAAUGAAUACAAUAUUUCGUAUUGAUAAUAUUGAAAAAAUUCAUGACUAUUUAUAUGAAAUAAAUUUAUAUCCGGCUACUAAAAAAGAUGAAGAAAUAAAAAAUCUUGUUGAAUGUAUACAAGAUUCAGUCGAUGGUCCAUCUGGAUGGUAUAGAUUAGGUAAAUUACUGAUGGAUAUGAAAAAAUAUGAUAUUGCAAUAAAUGUUUAUAAAUAUAUAUCUACUCAAAUAGAUGACAAUCAACAUGAAGAACGUGCUUUUCUUCAACAUGAACUUGGUUAUGCAUUUGAUUUAAAAGAUAAUUUAUUAAUGUCUAUAAGUCAUUAUAAGCAAGCUAUAGAAAUUUAUUUAACUUAUUUACCACCAAUUCAUCCAACACUUUUGUCGACAUAUGUUAAUCUUGCUUCUGUUUUUGAAAGAAAAGAAGAUUUUAAUGGAGCAUUACAACAAUAUCAAAAUGCUGUUAAAAUUGACAAAUCUGAUGACCCAAACAUAAUUUCACAAUAUAAUAAUAUUGGUAGAAUUCUUCAACGACAAAAAAAUUAUCCUGAAGCACAAAAAAAUUAUGAAAAAGCAAUUGAAAUUUUACUUAAAGACUUUUCAUCUAUGCAUCCUGUGUUGGCAGAUACAUAUUAUAAUAUAGCUGGAAUGUAUUAUUCAAUGAAACUUUAUUCAAAAGCUUUGACUUAUUAUGAAAAAACACGUGAAAUGGAAGAAAAAUCACUUAUAUUAUAUCAUCCAAAAUUAGAAUCAACCUAUUUUAAUAUAGCAACAACAUAUGAAGGUCUUGGAGAUAAUAACAAUGCUAUUAAAUAUGCUACAAAAGCAGUUGAAGUUGCACGUCUUGUUUUUGGAGAUGAUCAUUUAGAAACGAAAGAAAAUCUCAAAUAUCUUGAAGAACUUCAAGAAAAAGAUAAAAUUGUAAAAUUAUAA